CUCUUCUUCAAGGUCCAUGCGAAAGGCAACCUCCACCAGACUACAUCAUGGCGAUCCCUGACCGUGGACCCGAACUUAUCGGAGUGAACAUUGCUUUCGUGGCUACGGCUAUCAUUGCGAACGCGUUACGAUGUAUCGUUCGAGUGAAGAUGGUAAAAGCGUUUGGUGUCGAUGACUGGCUCAUGGUUGCCUCAACACUUUUCUUCAUCGGAUACAUUGUUUCCUCGACAAUAGGAGCAUACUACGGUACUGGCCGCCAUCACCGGGAUCUUGAGGACUGGCAGGUCGAGAAGGCGCGAAAGUGCUGGUUCUACUGCUACCUCUUCUACUGCUGCUCUAUGAUCUUGUCCAAGAUCUCUAUCGGUUGCUUCCUGCUACGCAUCUCUGUCAAACGUAUUCACACCUGGAUCAUCUACGCCGCCAUGUUCGUCUCAACCUUCGCCUGCACGGCUUUCUUCUUCGUCACACUCUUUCAGUGUCACCCCAUCAGGUAUUUCUGGGCGAAGAGCCUCGAGGAUGGAACUUGCAUCAACAACACCGUCAUCAUUGCUCUCGGUUUCGUUUACAGUAUCUUCAGCAUCAUUGCCGAUUUCACUUUUGCUUUGCUCCCAGCUUUUCUAGUUUGGAACCUUCAGCUGAAGAGGAGGACAAAGAUUGCCCUAAUUCCACUCCUUACCAUGGGCUGCGUUGCCAGCGCUGCCGUUAUUGCACGACUACCUUUCCUUCCAAAGCUCAACUCGCCUGACUUUCUUUGGGAUACACUCGAUAUCGCCAUCUGGUCUACGGUCGAACAAGGCCUCGCCAUUACCGCUGGUAGUCUUGCAACUCUUCGUCCUCUCUUUUCUCUUGUUAUGCACCAACUCGGUCUCUCGACGCGCCCUACUCAACCACGACCUUCAAACUACGGCCUACAGACCCCACCCGCCAGUCAGAUGCUCAGCAGCAGACGCAAAGGAAGCAAGAACGACCUCGACAUGUACAAUUUGUCCAACGUUAAAGAAACACGAAUAUCAGACGACUCUCUUGCAAAGGAUUCGAGCUUCCCCAAGUCACCGAACUGGUUCAAUGGCAAUGGACCUCAGAGCAUGACAAAGAGCCAAGUGAGGGCUGACAAUGAAAGUGAGAGGAGUUUGAGGCUCAAGAGCUCGAGAAAUAGCAGCGAAGACCAGAUGCACAUUAUGGUUUCGAGAACUUUCUGGGUCGACGAGGAGAGAGCGUCGAUAGCUUCCCGAGGGCAGGGCUUCACAUAA